GCCCCUCCCUGCCGCCGCCCGCCCGCCCGGGGCGCCCACCUCGCCGGCGCCGGGCCCGGGAGCGAUGACAUCGACGGGGAAGGACGGCGGCGGGGCGCAGCACGCGCAGUAUGUGGGGCCCUACCGGCUGGAGAAGACGCUGGGCAAGGGGCAGACAGGCCUCGUGAAGCUGGGGAUACACUGUGUCACGUGCCAGAAGGUGGCCGUCAAGAUCGUCAACCGGGAGAAGCUCAGCGAGUCUGUGCUGAUGAAGGUGGAGCGGGAGAUCGCCAUUCUGAAGCUCAUCGAGCACCCCCACGUCCUCAAGCUGCACGACGUCUACGAAAACAAAAAAUAUUUAUACCUGGUGCUAGAACACGUGUCUGGUGGGGAGCUGUUCGACUACCUUGUCAAGAAAGGGAGGCUGACGCCCAAAGAGGCCCGCAAGUUCUUCCGGCAGAUCAUCUCGGCGCUGGACUUCUGCCACAGCCACUCCAUCUGCCACAGGGAUCUGAAGCCAGAAAACCUUCUGCUGGACGAGAAGAAUAACAUCCGGAUCGCAGACUUCGGCAUGGCAUCGCUGCAGGUUGGCGACAGCCUGCUGGAGACCAGCUGCGGAUCCCCCCACUAUGCCUGCCCGGAGGUGAUCCGGGGGGAGAAGUACGACGGCCGCAAGGCAGACGUGUGGAGCUGCGGCGUGAUCCUGUUCGCGCUGCUGGUGGGGGCGCUGCCCUUCGACGACGACAACCUGCGGCAGCUGCUGGAGAAGGUGAAGCGGGGCGUGUUCCACAUGCCGCACUUCAUCCCGCCCGACUGCCAGAGCCUGCUGCGCGGCAUGAUCGAGGUGGACGCGGCGCGGCGCCUCACGCUAGAGCACAUUCAGAAACACACAUGGUACAUAGGCGGCAAGAAUGAGCCGGAGCCGGAGCAGCCCGUCCCCCGCAAGGUGCAGAUCCGCUCGCUGCCCAGCCUGGAGGACAUCGACCCCGACGUGCUGGACAGCAUGCACUCGCUGGGCUGCUUCCGGGACCGCAACAAGCUGCUGCAGGACCUGCUGUCGGAGGAGGAAAACCAGGAGAAGAUGAUUUAUUUCCUCCUACUGGACCGGAAAGAAAGGUACCCCAGCCACGAGGACGAGGACCUGCCGCCCAGGAACGAGAUAGACCCUCCCCGGAAGCGCGUGGACUCCCCGAUGCUGAACCGGCACGGCAAGCGGCGGCCCGAGCGCAAGUCCAUGGAGGUGCUGAGCGUGACGGACGGCGGCUCCCCGGUGCCUGCACGGCGGGCCAUUGAGAUGGCCCAGCACGGCCAGAGUAAAGCAAUGUUCAGUAAAAGCCUGGAUAUCGCUGAAGCCCACCCCCAAUUCAGCAAAGAAGACAGUCCUCUAAGGAUGGGCGGUGCCGGCGCCCAGGGGUCCAGGUCCAUCAGUGGCGCCUCCUCCGGCCUUUCCACCAGCCCCCUCAGCAGCCCCCGGGUGACCCCUCACCCCUCUCCGAGGGGCAGUCCCCUCCCUACCCCCAAGGGGACGCCCGUGCACACGCCUAAGGAGAGCCCGGCUGGCACGCCCAACCCCACACCACCGUCCAGCCCCAGCGUGGGAGGGGUGCCCUGGAGGACGCGGCUCAACUCCAUCAAGAACAGCUUCCUGGGGUCACCUCGCUUCCACCGCCGGAAACUGCAAGUUCCAACGCCUGAGGAGAUGUCCAACCUGACCCCGGAGUCCUCCCCAGAGCUGGCCAAGAAGUCCUGGUUCGGGAACUUCAUCAGCCUGGAGAAGGAGGAGCAGAUCUUCGUGGUCAUCAAGGACAAGCCGCUGAGCUCCAUCAAGGCCGACGUCGUCCACGCCUUCCUGUCGAUCCCCAGCCUCAGCCACAGCGUCAUCUCCCAGACGAGCUUCCGGGCCGAGUACAAGGCGACGGGGGGCCCCGCCGUGUUCCAGAAGCCGGUCAGGUUCCAGGUGGACAUCACCUACACGGAGGGCGGGGCGGCGCAGAAGGAGAACGGCGUCUACUCGGUCACCUUCACGCUGCUGUCAGGCCCGAGCCGCCGCUUCAAGAGGGUGGUGGAGACCAUCCAGGCCCAGCUGCUGAGCACACACGACCAGCACUCGUCAGACACCACUAACUGUAUGGAAAUGAUGACGGGGAGGCUUUCCAAAUGUGGCGGCCCAUUGAGUAGCUUCUUUGACGUAAUUAAACAACUUUUUUCAGACGAGAAGAACGGGCAGGCGGCCCAGGCCCCCAGCACGCCCGCCAAGCGGAGUGCCCACGGCCCACUCGGGGACUCCGCGGCCGCUGGCCCCGGCCCUGGAGGGGACACCGAGUACCCAGCGGGCAAGGAUACGGCCAGGACGGGGCCGCCCGCCGCCCGCCGCGAGCAGCCUUAGACACAUAGCCCCCUGCCCCGCGCGGCCCCGACCGUGGCCCCGGGCCGCCUCGCCGCCCGCCCGCCCCUGUGGACCCGGGGCCGCGCCCAUCUGCCCGUCUAGACUGUUGUGAAGCCGGGCAGGAGAGCAAAGCGGGCACGGGCCGCGGCUGCCCCCCCACCCCGCGCCCCGCCCCGGGCGCUCUCUCUCUCUCUCUCGCUGUCUCUCUCUCUGCCUGUCUCUGACAACGCCACUGUUUCCGCUCUGAUACCAGGAAUUAUCCCGAAAAGUUAACAUGUCACCUCCACGAGGCCGUCCUCUGUGCUCUGCACCGGACACCGGCUGACCGAAGGCCGCUGCCGUGGACCCGCCCUCUCUCCUCCUGCUGCUGCUGCCUGCUGGGCGGCGGGGCCCUGCCCGCCCGCCACCGCCGCCGCCGCCGCCGCCGCUGCCCACCUGCCCACGCGGCAGCUCUGCCCGGUCUCAGCUCCGCAUGGCCAAGGGGAGGAGGCCCCGGCCUGAGGGGAAGCCGCCUCGGGCCCACCUGACUGGACACGCAGUGACCCGAGCCCUCGGCGGGUCCGGCCAGGGCGAGCGAGGGGGCCAGGCAGCCGUCGGGCCCGGCCACCGCGCGGCCUCUCCUCCGCACCCCCCCACCGCAGCUCCCUCCUGUGCCUCCCCCCACCGCCCCCCGACCCCGCGCCCCGGGCUGCAGACGGCUCCCCUUCCUGGAGACCCCGGAGCGCCCGCCCCGGGGCUGGCCCAGAUCAGUGUUAUUUAUUUGCUGUUUUAACUUAUUGAGUUUCUUCUCUGUUCAGGGAAGGGGCAGCAGCAGCGCCGUCCUGCCGUCUGUCUGUCUGUCUGUGUGUACGUCUUGGGCAGGGUGGGGUCUGGGCCCAGGUGCCCGGUGGAUGGCGCCGUCGGGGUGCGGGGGCUGCCAGUGGAUGCAGUGCCCGGCAAGCUACUGUAAACUUUAAAGAAUUCCUGCAAGAUAUUUUUAUAAACUUUUUUUCUUGGUUGUUUUUGGAGAAGGGUGCUGGGGGAGCCGCGGGGCAGGGUGAGGUUGCAGUUCGGUUCGUUCUAUACACACACACACACACACACACAUAUAUAUAUAUUUAGAGAACGGCGGGGUUCGCUCUGUCCCUGGUUCUGUCCCGUUACUGUGGAGAAGGGACUCCGGUCCUCUGGGGGCCAGGCAUCCCCGGGGCCCCUCCGCCAGGCCUGGGCUGGGGCCGCCUUGGUUUUGUGUCUGCGUGGGGGCGGGGGAGGCCCCCCAACAUGGCAGGGGCACCGCCGGGUUUUUUUUUUUUACUAAAAUGACAAAAAAUUAAAAAAAAACAGAAACAAAAACAAAACCCCACCGAGGACAGGAAGAAGGGCAGCAGCGCCCUCUGCGGCGUGCUCGCGGUCCGCCGGGGUGGCCAGCACAGGCCCAGGCGCGGCGGGCGCAGGAGGCGGGUGUGGCAGCGUGCCCUGGCUGUGACGAGCCCAUUUUGCAUCUGGCGUCUCUCCUGCCCGCCCCAGCGCCUCUCCCGUCGUCGCGGAUGGGUUUUUGCCACUCUGCCCACGGGCCCCUCGCCCCAGGCUGGAUUUCAGCACAUGACACAGGUGACACCAAGAGCAGAGCCGCGCGGUGCGGGCGGAGGGACUGCGCAGAGCCGGCCAGACGACGGGAAGCAAUAUCUCGCGCGCGCCUCCUCUUUUGUACUCGGGACACAGACGUCACGGAAACGGACAAGCCCCCCACCCAUGUACCCCUGUCAAAUAACUGUGAGCGACUUUAGUUCCAAACAAUAAAUUCCUUCAGUGACGACACCAA